AUGGUCCGCUCAAACCCUCCCCCUCCCCCAGCCUUCCUGGGGCAGGAGACGCCCCGCACCCUGCCGCCCCUCGGCGCCGCGCCCCUGACCGCCGCCCCGCCCCAGCAGGACCGCCGCCAGGAGCAGCCCCCGGAGGAGACGCUGCAGGACCUCCUGGACUCCCUGCCGCAGGAGCUCCCUGAAGAGCCCCUGGGGGCGGACCUCGACCCCCUGGGGCUGGACCUCGACCCCCUGAUCAUCGCCUCCCCUGACGGCCCCGCCCCGCAGCACGCCCCUGCCAAGCUGUCCACGCCCCAGCACCCCGGCCUGCACGCCCCCGCCAAGCUCCCCACGCCCCAGCACCCCGGCCUGCACGCCCCCGCCAACCUGCCCACGCCCCAGCACCCCGGCCUGCACUCCCCCCAGCCAGGCACCCCGCCCCAGCACCCCGGCCUGCACGCCCCCGCCAAGCUCCCCACGCCCCAGCACCCCGGCCUGCACGCCCCCGCCAACCUGCCCACGCCCCAGCACCCCGGCCUGCACUCCCCCCAGCCAGGCACCCCGCCCCAGCAUCCCGGCCUGCACUCCCCCCAGCCAGGCACCCCGCCCCAGCAUCCCGGCCUGCACUCCCCCCAGCCAGGCACCCCGCCCCAGCAUCCCGGCCUGCACUCCCCCCAGCCAGGCACAACGCCCCAGCUGGUGCCUGACGCAGCCACCGCCGCCGCCGCUGCCGCCUGGCCCUCGCCGGUGCCAGGCCUGCAGGAAGGUGGCCCUGAGGGCGCAGCGGGCCUCCGGGAUGGGCGCAGCGCCCCGCGCCCCCGCCGCUUCAGGCUGUACGAGCGUGAGGAGCCCUUCGAGGACCCGCUGCAGGAGAAGCGGCGCCGUGACGCCAUCAACUCCAAGAAGAACCGUGACGCCAGCAAGGCCAGGAUGACCGAUCUGCGCCGUCGCAGAGACGAAGCCGUCGCCCAGCUGAACGACCUUCGGCAGGAGGUGGCGGACUUGCGCCGACGGGAGGCGAUGUUCCUGGCGUACCUGGCGGCCCUGCCUCCCGCCUGGCCCGGCAGCGCUGCCCCCCGCCAGCAGGCAUGAGCGAUGCACGUCCUUCCUCCUCGCAGCAGUGCCAGCACCAGCCGUGCCGGGGCUGUGAGGGCCUGCUCCUGCACCUGGCAGGCCACUAAAGUGAUUCUUGUGUGUCAUUUCAUCCCGGAGUUUGGCCAUUCUCCCAUAACAAACCAGCGUGCUCUCUGUCUUGCCUGAACGUGACAGUAAACACUGGGUUCUGCGCACGCGAAAAUCAGAAUGGGACGGCCUGCAACACUGGGGCGUCGAGCCUCGUCCCCUUGUGCUUACAGACGCACAACGGUGGAUGAAUCUCGGCACGGUGCCGUGACCUUGUCGACUGCCCGACACACAGGGUGCAGGUUGUCCCAUGUGUCACAUUACCGACACACAGGGUGCAGGUUGUCCCAUGUAUCACAUUACCGACACACAGGGUGCAGGUUGUCCCAUGUAUCACAU